AUGACCAGAGAAUUCACUUUUGUGUCCAUAGAGGUGUCCUCCAGGCAGAAAGAUCCUUGGAAAGAGGCACAGGAGAGCAGCUUUUGCCUGGCAAAGAAAGCUCCUCGGAAGAGGAGCCCUCUGGCCUCCAGUUCCACCUCUUUAGAGGCUGUCCCUCAGCAGAGAACCAGGAGGAGAGGCCAGAAGAGGAAGAGACCCACGGAUGUCAAGGAAGCUGCCCAGGAGAGCAGCUCCCCAGCCUCCAAUUCCACCCCCUCAGAAGCUGUCUCUGAGCUGAAGUCCUGGAAGAAGAGGGGGGAGAAGAGAAACAUAUGGACUGUCAAUCAUGUUGAGGGAAUAAAACUCAGGAUGAACAAGAGGAGAAGACCCAGUUACCGUCCUGAAGACCAAGAAGCAUUCUACCGGCUUCUGGAGGAUCCCGUUAUCCAGAGCUUCUUGGAAGCUGACAUUUUCCUCAAAGUGUCGGACAAGUACCUGCUUUCCAUGGUGGUGGAGUACUUCGGCCGCGUGGGGCUGCCUGGACACCUCUACAACAGGAUCCACUUCUUCCUGGCCCUCUACAUUGCCUCCGACAUGGAGGAGGACAACCCCAUGUCCAAGCGGAGCAUCUUCCAGUUCCUGCUGGGCAGGGAGCACUGGCCAGACCUCUACAAGGAGUUCCUGAAGCUGAAGGUGGAGUUCUUCUACGCCAUGGGGUUCCGAGCCUGGGUCACCCCGGAGCUGUGCGAGGAGAUCCAGGCCCAGAACCCACAUCACUGGGUCUGGAGUCGGGUGCGCCAGUGCGCCCCCUAG